AUGCCUCCAGAGAAUAAUAAUAAAUUUGUUCAAGUUAACUUGGAACAAUUAGAUGUUGCAAAAUCUAGUCAACAAUUUCUUUUAUCCCACCAUCAUGUUAUUCAUUUACAAAAAAAUUUCUCUACAGAAGUUAGAGCUAUUUUAGAUAUCAAGAAAUAUAUUCCCAAUGCUUCUAUUAUUCUUAAUGAAAAAAGUACAUUGUUAGAUACAAUUAUUAAUAAUUUGGUUUAUGAGAUUAUUUUAAACAACAAUUUAGAAUAUUCUUCUUAUAUUGAUGAUGUAAAAGAAAAAAUUUUUAAUUAUUCAUAUAAUUCAGAAAUAAAAAAUUCUUUAGAAUUAUUAUGUCUUAAAAAUGUAAUAACACCUAUCAAAAUUAUUGAUGAUGGAAUUUUUAAAGAUCAAAAAUGUUUAACAAUUUAUUGUGAUAUUGAAAAUAUUUCUCAAUGUUAUGUUGGAAUUUGUAAAUUACAAUCACCAACAAAUUUUAGUCAAUUUCUAGAGUCAUUUCAAUAUAUUUCACUUGUUAUUGGAUCUGUAUCAUCAAAACUUACCAAAACAUCAUUUGAAGUUGGGAGGACUAUUUCAACAAUUUUAAGUGAUGAUUCUUUAAGAUUAGAGUUAGAAGAUAUAAAUGAUAAAGAAAAAUUUAAGGCUAAAAUUAUGGAAUAUUCAAAAGAAUUAUAUAAAAUUGAUAAGGAUAAAGAAAUUGAAAAGUUUAAUGUCAACAACAAAUGGGAACCAUUAUUAUGUAUUAUCAAUGAUUUUAAAAGACGUUGGAAAUAUUAUUUAUCUGACUGGUGGGAUGGUUUAUCAGAUUAUCAUUCUAUCUCUAAAACUAUUUCAACAACUAUUUAUUUAUUUUUUAUUAUCCUCCUAACGACAAUUGCCUUAGGAAUGCUUAAUGAAAAUAACACAAAGUCAAAAAUAACUGUAUCUAACCAAAUUUUAUCUCAAAUUAUUGGUGGUAUAUUUUUUUCUUUUUUUGGUGGUCAACCAUUUCUUGUUCUUUUAUCAACAGCACCUAUAACUAUAUGUAUAUCUAUAUUAUAUCAAAUUUCAUUAAUUUAUAAUUAUAAUUUUUAUUAUCUUUAUACUUGGACUGGUAUUUAUACAUCAAUAUAUCUUAUAAUUUUUGCAUUAUUUCAAAUGUCAAAUAUAAUGAAAUAUGCUAAAAAAAGUCUUGAAGAACUUUUUGGAUUAUUUAUUAGUAUAUCAUUAAUAAUAAAGGCAACACAGGCAACAUAUUUUGCCAUUACAAGAUAUGACAAAAAUUGUACUAAUUCUUUAGAUAUUUUUUCAUGUGACAGAUCCAGUGGUUUAUUAUUUAUUAUUAUGAUUUUUGGAACAUUAUUUAUUUCAUUAUGGUUAUUUAGUUUUAGAUUAACAUCAUAUUUAAAUAAAUUUAUAAGAGAUUUAGUUGGAGAUUAUAGUUUACCAUUAGCUAUCCUAAUUAUGACAAUUAUUGGAACAACAAUUUUUAAUGAUAUACCAAAGGAAACAUUUAUACUUAAUGAUAAUGAGACACUUUUAAAUAUUACACAAUUUUGGAAUUUAACAAAAGAUGGACAUAUAUUAGCAUUACAAUUAGCUAUACCAAUUUCAAUAUUAUUUUUUAUGGAUCAACUUAUUGUAACAAGAACAGUAGAUAAUGAUAAUAAUAAAUUAAAAAAAGGUUCAACAGUUAAUUGGGAUCUUUUUGUUGUUGGAAUAUUAAAUAUAAUACUUUCAUUACUUGGUUUACCAUGGAUGCAUGGAGCUUUACCUCAGUCAUAUCUUCAUUUAAGGGCACAGGCAGAUGUUGAGGAAAAAAUUGUUGAUGGAGUAUCUGUUGAAGUAAUAACAAAAAAUAGAGAAUCACGCCUUGCAAUUUUUUUAACUCAUAUACUAAUAAUUCCAACAUUCAUAUAUUUUUUACCAUAUCUUAACAAAAUACCAACAGCCGUCUAUCAUGGUCUUUUUCUAAAUAUGGCAUUAAUAUCAAUGAUAGGAAAUAAAUUAAUUGAUAGAAUAUUAUUAAUUUUUACUCAACAAAAUUCAUAUCCAUUAACAAGUUGGAUACAAAAAGUUCCACAAAAACAAAUUCAUUUAUUUACCAUUUUUGAAAUAAUUCAAUUACUUCUAUUAGUAUGUAUAGGCUUUUCUGGUAAACCAUUUGUUGAAUUAUCCUUUCCUAUAAUAAUUUUUCUCUAUAUUCCCUUACGUCUAUGGAUUUUACCGUUCUUCUUUACAAAAACAAUUUAUCUUGAAUUUUUAGAUAGUUAG